GCAACUGAUCAUCACCAUGACUGGCUCUGGUUCUCCUUGUGGUGCUUGUAAGUUUUUGAGAAGGAAAUGUGCUAGGGGAUGUGUCUUUGCCCCUUAUUUUUGCCAUGAACAAGGUCCCACCCAUUUUGCAGCCAUCCAUAAGGUUUUUGGAGCAAGUAAUGUCUCCAAGCUCCUUUCUCACCUUCCCGUGAGCGAUCGAUGCGAGGCUGCAGUCACAAUCUCUUAUGAAGCUCAAGCCAGGCUUCAAGAUCCAAUUUAUGGUUGUGUCUCUCAAAUUUUCGCUCUUCAGCAACAGGUUGUUCAUCUACAAGCCCAACUAGCUUCUCUGAAAGAGCAGGCGGCUAGGAGCAUUAUAAAUGGCUCCACCAGUACUGCAAACCCUAGUGAAGCAUUCAGUGGAAAAUUCCCUUAUGCCCAAGAUGUCCAAAGCUGGUUCCAGUCAGAAAAUUCAAGCAUGGUGCCACAAUUCAGCCCCAGCUUGAAUUUUGGCAACACUGCGAUUACCGAAAACCAGCUGCUCAAUCCCAACUUCAUGGGGAAUUAUGAUCAAAAUCAGAUCAAGCAAGAAAAUGCCUCAAUUGGUAGCUUUGAAGAGGCCUCUCACUCCAUGGACUCCCUUGAUGUGCAAACAAACAUCAGGCAGUGGCCUUUCCAGGAUGAUGCAGAUGAGCUACAGUCUCUGGUAUUUGGCUAUAUUCAGCAUUAUUAGUUGAUCUUCAUGUGAAAAUCAAACGAUGGUUCUGAAAAUUCUGCUCGAUUCGGGUACUCUAUAUAUCAAUUUUGUAAUGCCACUGCACACUUGAAGACAUUCACUUUGCUGCCACUAGAAACCCUAGAAAUGUUCAUACAAAUUGGAAACCCUACAAUUAAUCUACAAUCUACUCUAUGAUUGCUUU